UUUUUUUUUUUUUUGGUGACAGCUUUGUCUGCAUUACCAACAGUGUUACCGGGAUGGAGUCACUGGCAGAAACGCCAUGGGAUGUGACCAUCUCUGGAACCGGCCUGGGCCAAUCGUUGUUUGCGCUGGCUCUUUCCAGGUCAGAUAAGAAGGUUCUUCAUAUUGACAAAUGCCCAUACUAUGGAGGUUCCGAGGCUGCCUUCAGCCUCCAGGAAGCUCAGGAAUGGGCCGAUAAUGUGAAUAAACAGCCCGGGCAAUCCCCUUUUGAAGAUGCAGAAGUGCACUCUCCCUCGGAUUCUCGACUGUCAUCCUCACGGGCGUAUACCCUCUCCUUAUCAUCACAUCUGAUCUACUCUCGCUCGCGACUAUUGCCAACCUUGUUGUCUUCCAGGGUCUACCGACAACUGGAAUUUCAGGCCGUCGGGAGCUGGUGGAUUUUUAGGCCAUCUGAAGCGAAUUCCGACUUGUACCGUGUCCCAAGCAGUCGUGAAGAUAUCUUUGCGGAUGACUUUAUCUCUGCCAAGUCGAAACGGACCUUGAUGAAGUUCCUUCGUCACAUCGGCAAACCUCCACAGGAAACUGAAGGUCAACCCGAGGAAGAGGACUUGUCAGUGCCAUUUUCGGAGUAUCUGAGUUCCAAAUUCCAGGUGCCAGCGGAGCUCCAUGACCCUUUGCUCUCGCUCUCCCUGUCUCAGGCGUCCGCCCAGCAGACGUCGGCCGAGUACGCGGUACCCCGCAUCAAAAGGCAUUUGGCGUCGAUUGGUGUAUUCGGUCCUGGUUUCGGGAGUCUGUUGGCCAAGUGGGGAGGUGGCUCUGAGCUCGCUCAAGUCGGAUGCCGAGCUCUUGCAGUCGGAGGUGGCGUGUAUGUUUUGAAUGCAGGCAUCGAGUCAAUUACGAAUUCCUCGAAUUCCGACAAUGGAGAUGAUGCGCGCAUGCAGAUCAAGCUCUCCAACGGCGAGUCAAUCCGGACCAAGUUUGUGGUCGGUUCCCACUGGGAUUUUCCGGGGCAAGCGGGAAAUGAUCAGCCGUCUUGUGAAAAAGCAGCUCGAUCCAUUUCCGUCGUCUCGUCAUCUCUCAAAAGCUUGUUUCCCAUAACGGCAGAAGGAGGCCCACUUCCUGCUGGUGCCGUUGUAGUCUUUCCGGGAAGCUGUCUGGGUCAGGCAGAGGAUUCUCCGCCGGUCUAUCUUUUGAUCCACUCGAGCGAAACUGGGGAAUGCCCUACUGGACAAAGUGUUGUCUAUGGUAGUGUUCGUCUUUCUGGACCUCAAGGGUACAGUCUUCUCGCGACAGCUGUCCAGAAGCUCCUCGAGUCAGUGAGUGACGCAGAAGCCAAAAUACUGUGGUCUCUGCGGUACACGCAACUUGGACGGGCCGGCGACGUGAUUGACGCCGCCCAAGCUCUCAAGUCAAGCUCCCCUUCCGACAGUAUGAUUUGCUUCCCGCCGCUAAGCCUCGAUCACGCGUUUGAUGAUGCGUUGCUCGACAUGGUCAAGGAGGCGUGGAAGAUCGUCCAGGGAGAGGAAGCGAUUGACGAAGAGUUUAUGAAGUUUGAAGAUCGCGAGGGCGUUGAAGACGAGUAGACUCGUAGUUCAUAAUCAUAUUUUUAUUCUCAACUGUUCUUUGUAUAGAAAUUCUCGUACCUGCAAGGAAACAUCGGGUGCCUUGCAUAAAAAUUGAUGCAUCCAAACGACAUCCCACAGGAAUAUUCCGCCGCUGACUACGGAGUACUAUUUAUGGCAUGACG